GAGCGCGUCUUCGUCUAAUCUGUCUUUCUGUCCAAUGUCCCACCGAGUAGGCACAGCCACGUGCAUGCAGUAGCUGUUUUGUUACUUGUCUUCAAACGUCCAGGUCCCCGUGUUUCACUGAAACACACCACAGCAGCACCAUGGUGAAGUUAGCAAAGGCAGCAAAUAAUCAAGCAAGUCAGAAGAAAAAGGCACCUCCACCCCCUAAAGAAGUGGAGGAGGAAUCUAGUGAAGAGGACAGCAGUGAUGAGGAAGAGGAGGCCCCUCCCCCUAAAGUGGUGAAGAAAGCCACACCAGCUAAAGCAACCCCAGUUGUUAAAAAUGGUACUGCUGCCAAAAAAGCAGAAAGCGAAGAUGAUGAUGACGACGAAGAUGAUUCUGAGGAGUCUUCUGAAGAGGAGGCUCCCCCACCAAAGAAGACGCCUGCAAAGGCAACACCAGCUAAACCCGCAGCAGCUAAGGCAGCCCCCGCAAAGGCAGAGGAAUCUGAUGAUGACGACGAUGAUGAAGAUGAUGAUGAGUCAGAAGAAGAGGCCCCACCACCCAAGAAAGCAGCCAAGCCAGCAGCUAAACCUGCCGCCAAGGCCCAACCUGCAAAGGAGUCUUCUGAUGAAGACGACGAUGAUGAUGAUGAUUCAGAAGAGGAGGCCCCACCCCCCAAGAAAGCUGCUCCAGCUAAACCAGCUGCAAAGUCUGCAGCAAAAGUCAAGCCUGCUAAAGAAGAAUCGUCUGAUGAGGAUGACGACGAUGAUGAAGAAGAUGACUCUGAAGAGGAGAUGGACACCACUCCUGCCCCAGCAGUCGCCAAGGCAAAGAAAGCAGGCAUGGUUAAGGCCAAGGAAGAGUCGGAGGAGGAGGAUGAUGAUGAUGAUGAUGACGACGACGACGAUGAGGAUGACGACGAAGAAGAUGAUGCCCCAGUGACACCUGGAAAGAGGAAGGCAGAGACCAAGAAAGACACACCUCCAGCCAAGAAAGCAAAGUCAGAAGGAGAAGGAUUCUGUCUCUUUGUUGGAAAUUUGAACUCCAACAAAGACUUUGAUGAGAUCAAAGCAUCACUGAGAAAGUUCUUCACCAAGAAUGACCUUGAGGUCGUCGAUGUCCGGUUAGGAGGAUCAAAAAAGUUUGGUUAUGUGGACUUUGGAUCUGAAGAGGACCUGCAGAAGGCACUGGAGCUCAACGGCAAGAAGGUUAUGGGUCAGGAGGUCAAACUGGACAGAGCCCGAAGCAAAGAAGGCUCACAGGAUGGCAGGAAAGAGAGGGAUGCACGGACACUGUUUGUAAAGAACCUUCCCUUCUCUGCAACGGCUGAUGACCUGAAAGAAGUCUUUGAGGAUGCUGUUGACGUCAGGCUACCUCAGGGCCAGAAUGGUUCAAACAGAGGCAUUGCCUACAUCGAAUUCAAAACUGAGGCUGAAGCAGAGAAGAUGUUGGAGGAGGCCCAGGGAGCUGAUGUACAGGGGAGGUCCAUAAUGAUUGACUUUGUUGGAGAAAAGAGCCAGAAAGGAGCCAAAGUGGCAGCGUCAGGAGCAGUCAAUAAAACGCUGGUAGUGAAUAAUCUUGCAUUCAGUGCUACUGAGGAAGUGUUACAGUCUACAUUUGAGAAGGCAGUCUCUAUAAGAAUUCCACAGAAAGAUGGCAGGCCCAAAGGUUUUGCUUUUAUAGAGUUUGAGAGCAACGAUGAUGCUAAGGAAGCUCUGGAAAACCUCAAUAACACAGAAAUUGAAGGCCGGUCAAUCCGACUGGAGUACAGCCAGAACAGCGGUGGAAGAGAUGGGGGCAGGGGAAACUCGGGUCCAACAAAAACCCUCUUUGUCAAGGGUCUGUCUGAGGACACUACAGAUCAGACCCUUAAGGAUUCCUUUGAGGGUGCUGUAGCAGCCAGGAUAGUUACAGACAGAGACACAGGGUCCUCAAAAGGCUUUGGCUUUGUGGACUUUGACAAUGAGGAUGACUGCAAGGCAGCGAAGGAGGCAAUGGAGGAUGGCGAGAUCGAUGGCAGCAAAGUGACCCUGGACUAUGCCAAGCCCAAGGGUGAAGGCGGCUUCCGUGGAGGUCGUGGUGGCGGCUUUGGAGGCGGCUUUGGUGGCCGUGGUGGUGGCAGAGGAGGCCGGGGCGGUUUCGGAGGCCGUGGUGGCUUCGGCGGAAGAGGAGGCGGAAGGGGCGGUCCUCGUGGAGGUGGACGCGGAGGUGGACGUGGUGGUUUUGGAGGUGGAAGAGGUGGAGGAUUUGGAGCCAAACCCCAGGGGAAGAAAAUUAAGUUUGAUGACUAAAGCCUUAGUCUAUUUUAUUUUUUUGAAUGGACUCUGGUUUCAUCAAUUUUCAGAGCUUUUGGACAUUCCAGAAAGCGUCAUUGGUAUAUAUUUAACUGUUAAUGGGCAUUUUAGCCCUUUAUUUAGACCCCUCAAACCUUCCACAUCCUUCUGUGCCAGAAUGGUACUUUGACCUUUUCAGCUUAAGUGCUACGUGUGAGUAAUGAAUGUCCCGAAUGCAAACCUGCACCUCUUGCCCUUGACAGCUUACUUGCUUUUCUGAAGGAGAAAAAUGGAAUGGGUCUGGCAAACAAGUUUGCUGUGAAAAUAUGCUCGUCUUGUCAGAUACAUUGUGUAAAUUUAAAACAGUUUGUAUGAUUCAUUUUACCUUUUGUAAAAAAAAAAAAUACACCUGUAUCCAUGUUUUUGUUUUUACUUUGUCAUUUAGUUUGCUUUAGAUGCCAAGUUUUACUGUAAUGUGCAAAGCAUAUUUUGAUAGAUUUGAGCCCAUGCUCAAACGAGUUGGGUGUUUAGGAUUAUGGCAAAUAUGUUUGUGUCUGUUUGUUCGGUAGGACACAGUCAAUCUUUAAGUUCAGGAUGGAAGACCUCUAAUCUAUGUAACAUAAAAUAUUUGUAGUGCAUUGACUAAUUUUUCUCCCAUCAAGAUUUUCACGUGAAUAAAUAAAACCUUGUAGGUGGUGAUUUUUAAA